UUACUGUGUUCUUGUUUUGGUUUGUUGUUUGUUUGUUUUUGCUGGCAGUGAAUAUGUUUCAAUACAGCAUGUACACUGCAUGUACAUGUGCAUCUACAUGUAUGUAUGUAGGAAGUUGAGCACUUUCACAAUCUGCAUACAUUAUGUGUACCUGUAUGCAUGUUUGUAGUCAGACAAGUUUAACUUUGCCAUUGUCACCACUUUCAUCUUUCCAAGUCAGUUUUAUUAAGGAUGUUUAUGCCCAAAAUGUUCCCAAGUACAGAUUUUUUUAUUUUCAAGUCCUUGGAAAUGAAUGUGGUGUUUGCACAACCAAGUAAAAACCUUCCACUUUCACUGUGUUUCAAAAGUUCACAUAGAUUUGUGGGUUGUGAUUGGUAGAUUUUGAUGAGUUUUGUUUGUCUCUUUUGUUUGAAAAUCUGAAGUACAUGUACAGUACAUGGAGUGCUUGUCAUGUAAUUAUGAUUGAUGGUACCAAAAAACACACUAACCCCUUGUUAGUUAGGUUUUGAACUUCAGAAUUCAUGUGUUAUUAAAUUAAUAUGCAGUAAAUGAUUUUGUGUUAGACAAAGACUUAACAGCAUAAGUUUUUAAAUUUCUCUCUUUUUUGAGUUUAUCGUUAUUUUUUUGUUUGGAAGUACAUGUACAGUGCAGUACAUGUAGGUGAAAAAAGGGCUUAUAGAGCUGUAAAAGAGUGAAUAGAGUUUUUCUUUUUCCAUCAGAAAUUGUAUUCACCAAAAGAAUAAAAGCAUAAUUUUAAUUUGUUAAUGGUUGCCUAGGAAUUGAAUGAGGUGAGACAGAAUGUCCCACAAACAAUGAUGUCAGUUGAUCUUGUGGUCAGACAGAUAUGACACUUGAAACAAUUCAGUAAUUUUUGCAUAUUCUUCUAUGCAAAUGAGUCUUAACUAGAAUAAACCAAGAACACACACAAUAUAAGGCUGCCAUGAAAUGACAUGUUUUACAGCAAGGAAUAUCAUUUUCCUUUCUUUCUGUUCUCAUACAUGUGACAGUUUUCUUCUGUAUUCUACAUUUUGAAAGAUCUCCUUACAGUAUCUGUUAAGGGACAAAAUGUGCAAGAUUGUUUGCUCGGAAGACAAAGCAUUUUUACUUGGCUUAAUGGCGAUCAUCUUAUUGUAUCACUGACCUUGACUACAUUAUCACAUCUUUUUUCUCUGUACUCUGAGAAAUGUGUUUAGAGGCACCAAAGCUCAUAUUCAGCUCUGGAACGUCAAGAAUUAUUUUGCUUGUGAAGACAUUCUUCAAUUCUUACCAUUCACUGAAGUUUUAAACAUCUGAGAUAUUAAUUCUGGUAACAAUGGUCUCAACAUGUUUUCUUGUAUGGGAAGCCAGCUUGAUAUGGGAGACAGAGAGAGAAAGGCCCUUACAAAGGUUGUUGAGGCAUACAAGAAUCUUCAGAAGGAAAAUGAAAAAUUGCAGAACAAUCUCACUCAAAGCCAGGACAAGGCUCUCAGAAGAAUAUCAGAAAUGAAAGAGACUAUAGAACUUGAAAAGCAAGCCAAGAUGCAUUUGGAAGAAACGCUGCAGUUGUCGCUUGAUGAAAAAGAAGACAUCAUCAAAGCACUUCAGACUCAGGUUCAUCUCCUUAAGCAGCAAGGGUCACGAGUAAUGCCAGGCACUGAUACUCUUGAUGCAGGUUUAGGGUCGCAAAGUGAUGAGGAGAAACUUAAACAACAGAGUUUGUUGGAAAAGAUUGAUGGCCUUCAAGCUCUUGUGGAUCAACAAGCUCAGGAACUGAAUAACCACAAAGAGCAGUCUUUAAAGCAAGACCAGAUCAUUUCCAACCAAAUGAGGGAAGCCAAAGCCUUGAUACUCAGAUUGGAACAAGAGAAAAAGGUUGCUAUCCAAGACAUGAUGGACAACCUGCAAACGGCUCUGCGCGAGAAAGACGAGGCAGUGAAAAACACCAAUGAGAUGAGGCAAGCUCUACAGGAUCGAGAAGCACAGAACGAAGAAAUGAAGAAAGAGAAAGACGAAUUCUUCCACAAGAUGGAAAAACAGCUUGAAGAGUCGGAGAAAAGACGAGAAAUUGCCGAGCUGAAGAAGGAGCGAGAAAUCCAAGAGAUGACUGCAAAGUACGAGGCUGCUGCGGCUGCGGAGGAGAAUGAGAGGAAGGCCAUGAUGGAGAAGUUAAAGAGAGACAAGGCAGAAGUCGUGGCGGUCAUGCAGAAAGACAAGAAUGAAAAGCUGGAGGAAAUGUUUGUCGCCAAGGAGAUGGAGUUUCAAAAGGCACUGACGAAGAAAACAAAGGAAGUGGAGGCGUUACUUCAAGCCAAGGAGGAUGAGAUGAGAGCAAAAUACAAUGAAAAGGUGAAGGAGAUUGAGAUUGCCGUUGACGAGAAAGAGCUGCAGAAGGAAGCUGCCUUGAAGGAGAAGGAGAAGGAGCUACAAGCCCUGAGGGUUCAGCUGGAGUCAUUAUCACAGAGUCUGCAGGAACGCAACUCGGAAGCUUCACGAACUGGCCAAGAGCAGGCCAGCAAGGUGUCCAACCUGCUGGCUGAGCUGCAGAAAGUGUCUGUUGAAAAGAAAGAUUUGGAGACGAAGCUGUCAGAAACUCAGCAGAGACUGGAUCAAGAACAGGCAAAGAUCGCAGAGAUGAUCCAACAGCACAGUAAUCUUUUGCAAGAAAAACAGGACGAACACCAAAAGAGUUUGGCCAAGUUGAAGAAACUACACCAAACUAAAGUCGGUGAAAUGACCGAGAGCGUAAAGAAAUCCGAACAGAAGGCGGCCGAGCUGGAGAAACAGCGGAAAGAGGUGGACGAAAAACACGCCAAAGACUUAGAAGAGAAAGAGCGGCAGUACGAGGCCGACAAACAGUCCGAGCUGGCUCGUGUGUCUAAGAAAAUGGAAAGCAAAACGAAUGACAUGAAAAAAGUCGUCAAGGAACUAAGGACAAAGCUAACUGAGAAGGAAAACCAAGCAAAGGAACUUGAGGAGAGAGUUAAUGUGAUUCAGCAAGAAACUGCGUCAGAGAAAAGCGCGAGUGUCAGUGAUUUUGAAAAGAAAAUGGCUGAUGCGAACAAACUCGCUGAAAAUCUACGCCAGCAGUUGGCGCAGAGAGACAGUGCUGUCAGUGAGCUCCAGAACAAAGUCAAGGAAAGCGAAGGUAAAAAAGUUAGCGAAAUCGAGGAGUUGACAAAAGAUAGGGACAACCGCCUAAAGGAAAAAGAAAGAGAGCUGGUGGAUGUUAAAGGAAAACUUACGGAGAAGGAGUACUACUCCAAAGAACUGGAGAAAAAACUUCUUGAAAUGAAAACCGAGAAAGACAAAGAAAUCGAAGCUGUUAAGCAAAGAGCCAUUGUUAAAAUUAAAGAGCUCGAAGCUGGGUUUAACAGCAAACGCGAGGAAGAAUUCAAAGUAUUUCAGUCGGAAAAAGAAAAAGAACACACGGCAGUGAAAGAGAUAGAAACUAAAAAGAACGAACUCGAAAAAAUAAACACUGAACUAAAAGAGAGGUUAAAGGCUUCCUCGGAAAGCGAGAAGAAGCUUAAGGAGGAAUUAGACUCUCUUGGAAAGAAAUUUAAAACUCAAUUUGAAAAUUUUAAACAGAAAUAUCAAACUGACAUUCAAAAGCACAAGGAACAGUUGCUUCUUGUUGAAGAAAAGAGUCUUCAAGACGCCUCGGAGAGUAAAAGUAAUUACGAGAAAAAGUUAGCAAGUUUGAAAGAGGAAUACGAACAAAGUGUUUUGAAACUUAAAGAAGAGAAAUUGCUUAUUGAUGAGAAGUGGAAACUGGAGUUGGAAAAGGUCCGCGCGGAACUCACUAGUAAAUCUGCUGAGAGCGACAAAUAUCUUGGUGAUAAAGAGUCACAGCUUGUUGAUUUAAAUAAACAAGUUGAAAAGUUGACUGGCGAACUUAAUCAACAUAAGGAACAAUCUCAACGAAAUAUUGACGAACUCAGCCAAAGUAUUACCCUGCGAGAUGAGAAGAUCGGGAAGCUGAAAGAAAGUUUGAAACUCGAACAAGAAGCGCUGAAAAAUCAGAAGGCCCAACACGACGAAGAGGUGAAAUUAAAAGAAAAGGAAGUGAAAGAGUUGUUGAACAAAAUGGAGAAAGAAUUCCAAGAGCAACUACAAGAGAAAGAAGAUACUGUCAGAGAGAAACUGAAGGAAAUCGCGCAGCAACACGACAUGGGAGUCAAAGAUGUAACGGCUAACUUGGAAAAUAUGAGGAAAGAGGAAUUGGCGAAGCUUGAAGAACGCUAUCAGGCUGAGAUUUCUGAACUGAACCUUGGCUGGGAGAACAAAGUUGUGAGUAUACGAAAAGAGAACGAAGAGAGCAUGGAAAGAUUGCUAAACGAAGCGAGAGAGAAGGAGGAGAAUCUGACCAAGGAGAAUGUGAACUUGAGAAACGAAAUCGCCAAAAGAGAGAAGGUACAGCAAGUGAAAAUGGAGGAGCUACAGCAUAAAGUGAACAGCGUCUUAGAAGAGAAGGACGCUGCCCUGGAGAAGGUAAGAGAAUUGGCCGAAGAAAACAAACGUUUAAGAGAACAAAUCGACAAUCUAAACUUGGAAAUGGAAAAUAGAAUAAGCGAAAUGAACGAAAGUCACGAACACGACAUCGAGGACAUUAAGAACCAGUCUUUGAGGGACAUUGAGGAACUUGCACAGCAGCAGAAAAGUGCUUUAGAGGGUCGUGACAGUGACCUGGAGAAAACCAGAAAGGAGGCUGAACGUCAGUUAAACGAAGCGCUGCAGAGGCACCGGGCAGAAGUCGAGGAGAUGCGGAAUAGUUUUCAAGCGAAGCUGCAGGAAGUGACCAACACUUACCAACAAGAUUUGUCACAAACGAGGCAGAUUUACGAGAAGCAGAACAUUGAAAUGGAGAAGCUCAAGAAGUACCACGAGAUCGAGCUGAACGAGCUUCGGAAAGGCCAUGCGAAGCAAGUCGAGGGACUGCUGAAAACCGGCGAGGAUGAAAAAGGUAAAUUUGCAUAUCAGGAGCGAACGCACCUUGAAGAAGUCGAACGACUGAAAAUGAGAAUAAAGGAGUUAGAAGUUGAAAGUGCCAAGCAAGUGGAGGAGUUUACUCGAGCCACGGAAAAAAGAAGGCAAAAGUUUGCCACCGACGAGGCGAAUCUGAGAGAACAGUUUGAGCUUCUCAAGGUCAAGAUAUCUGAAGCGGAAACCCAACACCGUAGCAAAAUGGAAGAGUUGCAGAAGUCUGCUGAAGAGAAUGAGAGGAAAUUUGGCAUUGAAGAGACGAAACUGAGAGGACAAAUCGAUGAAUUGAGCAGAUCUGCUGAAGAGAGGAAAACAGCAUUUGAAAUGGAAGAGCGGAAGUUGAGAGAUCAGAUUAGCAAUCUCGAGGAAAAGCUGGGCGAAACAGAGGCCGUCAAUGCUAUUAAAAUGGACGAAAUGAGAUUGUCAGCUGAGCAGAUCAAGACAGCGUUUGAUCACGAGGAGAAAAAGCUGAUUGACGAGAUCGAUACUUUGCGCAGAACGUACAAGCAGCAGGCAGAGGAAAUACGCCGGUUAUCAGGGGAAUUAGAAGCCAAGUGUGUAGAAGAAACUAAGCUCAAGAAAGAAGUUGAACAGUUGAGAGAGAAUCUCAAGAAAGAAGUUGAAUCGUUGACGCUGAAAGCCACAGAGGCCCAAACAAAGCAUCGUGAAAUCGAAAAAAAGAUGAACGAAGAAUUGAACAACUUGAAGAAAGAGCAAGCUAAAAAGGAAACAGAACUUCAGGAAGAAAAAGCGAGGUUCGUAGAGGGAGAAAAAAGAAUGAAGGCCGAGCUACAGAAGGUAGAAACUGAAGUAAAACAAACAUCCGAGGCGACGUCCACGAAUUUCCAGAAGAAGCUUGAUCAAAUGAAGAAGGAAAGAGAACAAGAAGUGCAGUUGUUGAAUACAAAAUGGAAGGGAAAAUGCGACGAGAUUAACCAGAGAUACUCUAAUCAGAUACAGAAUCUACUGCAGCAACAGGAGGAAGAAAAGAAGAGUUUAACGGAGGAACAUUCGAAAGCUCUGCAGGAAAUGACGAACAAAAACAACGAAGAGCGAGCGGAAUUGGAGGAAAGAGCCAAGACUCAACUGAGCGAAGUGCAGAACACCGCUUCAGAGCUGCAGCUGAAGGUGAAAAAGGCCAAGGAAAAGAUCAAAAACAUGACAGCAAAACAUCAACAAGAGAUACAGCAAUUGCAAGAGAGUCAAGAGAAAUCUGAUCAGGAGAUUAAAGCACUGCACGAUACAUUGUCGUCCUUAAAAAAAGAGUUUGCUGAGAAAGAAGAAAGUUUUGAGAAUAAAUUCCGAGAGGCUGCCAAACGCGAGGAGGAGUUACAACUGAAAAUUCUGACUGGAGAGAGUAACAACAAAGCUGUUGAUCAAAAACUGGCGGAGUUGAGUAAAGAAAAGCAGGAAGCUCAAGAUGCUUUGGCAGACAAAGAAGCCGAGUGGCGACAUCGGGUGCAGACACUGGAAGCUGAAAUGGAGACCAAGACGCAAAGUUUAGAGUCAAAACUUAAAGCGCAGGAAAAAGAGCACCAAGAAAAGGUCAAGGAAAUCGAGGAAGCUAAGGACCAACAACUGGGAAAACACGCAGAGGAGUUGACAGAGCAGUAUCGCAACAAGCUGACCGAGAUGAAGAAAAAAGCAGAGAGCAAGAUUGCGGGUUUGAGAAAGCAGCUUAACACACAAACUGUAGAGAAAGAGACCGAACUGUCCAACGUUAAGGAAUCAUUGAAUUCAUCUGAAAAUAAAAUCAAGGAGCUUGAAGCGAAACACGAGGAGGAGAUGGAAAGUGUAAAGCAGCUUCAUCAAGAAGAGUUGAAAACGAAACUUGAAGAGUUGCGCCAAUCAAAGGAGAAUGAAGCUGAAGGUCGCGAAAAAGAGAUGCGGGAGAAAUUGGACAACCUUGAAGCAGCGAACAAAGAGCUCUCUGAAAACAUUGAGAAUCUUUUGGUCGAGAAAAUGGACGCGCUUCACGAACAAGAAUCAGCUUUAAAGGAAGAGCGCGAAUUGGAAAUGGAGAACUUGCGGAAAGAGCAUGCAAGCGAGUUGGAGAAAUGCGAGAAGAGGUUCAAAGCAAAAAUGAGCGACAAAGAGUUGGACUAUAACUCGAAAAUCAAACAGCUUCUUCGAGAAUUUCAGAUUAAAUACAGCGAGAAGGAAAGAGAACUUCAAGAAAGUCUGGGACAAGUGAUAGAAAAGGGACAAAGAGAGGAACAGAAAAUUAUCGACGAGUACAAACUAGAAAUUAACGAGUAUCAGAGGGAACUUAAACUGAGAGAAGAAGAAAUGGUUGCCUUGAAAGCAUCCAUGGAAGAACAGUUAGCACAGAAAGACAGUGAGAUAACUGAGCUGAAUAGAACUCAUUCCGAAGCGUUGCAAAACGUCGAGAAGGAACAUCACGAAACUAUUCAAGAGAUGGUUCGAAAGAACGAAGCAGACAUGGAAAACCUGCACCAAGACCACCGUACGAAAGUGGAGGAGGUACACGAGCGGUACAAGAACGAGCUGGAGACACUGGCGAGAGAUCGCAAGUCCGAAGUGGCUGCUGUCGAGAAAAAGUUCAAGACUCAAAUGAAGAAAAACCAGAAUGAAAUGAAGAAGUUGUUGAAUCAGAAGGAAUCAUUUAUUCAAGCACAGGGUGCGGUAUUGACUGACGCCGAGCCUGAGCAACUCCAGAGAGCGGGGUCGUCUACGUCUCUCAAUAGUGAACCCGUCGAGGAUUUCAGUCAAACAACACUUAAGGAUGAAAUCUCGCGGCUGAGAACAGAAGUCGGUGCACUAAAAGAGAGGGAGGAAUCUCUCAAACUACAGAUUGAGCAGCUCGGUGGAUCACCUAUGAAAGGCAGAGCGGAUCGUCCACCUCAGCUGAAUGUGGUGUCCAAUCCUCUCUCGGAUAGCCCGGCUCCUUACGACCCAGUUCCCAAGUCUCCAGUCGAACCCACAGAAUUCGAGUAUCUUAGAAAUAUAUUGUAUGAGUACAUGAUGGGUCGAGAACGAAAGCAAAUGGCCAAAGUGCUGGUAGCCCUGUUACGUUUCAGUCCAAAACAACAAAAAGAGCUUCUACGUAAAGUGGACGAACAAGUGAAUCAGGGUGGCUUCCUAUCGCCGUUUAGGUCGUAACGUUCCUGUCUUGUCACGCUACAAGAUCAAGAUGCCUACGUCAAGUCAAAGUCUUCGUGGUACUGAAGGAGCUGAAGGCCUUUUCUUAUCUUGGAAAGAGUUUUUAGUCAGAUUAUGUUCUUACCAAACAAUUAUACUGGUGUAAAUGUAAAAUAGGAAUCGGUUAUUGUUUUUUGUUUUUUAAUUGCGCUCAUGUACUCAUAUAUAAAACUGAUUCAAGUUUUGGUCAAAGGCGUAUUGCGUUUAAGGUUACUUAAAUUAAUUAGUAAAUAUGCUUCGACCAAGUCUUGUUUUCAUAUCGGCGUUGUAAAGAAGCAUUAGAUUCUGUAGUCAUAGAGGUGUAAAUAGUAAAUUGUUUAUGGUAAAUUCGAAUAUUUAAGACGUGACACGCGAUAUGGCAUUAGACUAGCGCCCGGUUUUCCGAUUAGUGUCUGGAAUGGAGAAUUCGAUAGAAGAUAUGAACAUUGUUUAUUUUAAUGAAACAUUUAAAAAAACCUUGUCGGCAAAGCUAUGAUAGCGUCGUACACAAGUUUCAUUUUACCACCUUGAAUUGAGGCUUUUAUAUACGUUAUUGGAUAAUUUUGGUAUGAUUGUCAUCACUUCAUAAAAUGCGAUACUUUAUAAGCGUUUUUAAGCUAUUGCUAAUCGCAUGUCUUCGUUGACGACCAAAAAAAAAAAAUAACAAUUAUUCUAAACAAUCGCCAACAAUCCGUCCACUAUCAUGCAAGCAACUCUCUAAAAUGUUUGGUCCAAGUUCUGCAGAAAAGUCUAUUCAAACACAGUAAUGAACGCAAUUGUCUCCUCUUCACAGUCCCCUCGCGCGGCCUGUCUGUCCUUGGCUGUGUGUACCAUUUAUGAGUUGUUUAAAAGAAGACUUAAACACUCCUUCACAAGAUCUAAGGAACUUGUGGCUCACAAUGGGAAAUGUUCUCUUUUUCAGUGGAGUAUAUUAACACUCUAUCAUUUUUGUACCCAUACGUUUCCUCGCUGAGGGCUGGGUGUGUUAUUUUUAUUAUGUAUUACAGCUCGGAGCAGCUGUUGAACACUAAUCCAUGUUUAAAAGUUAAUCGUUGUUUUAAUAUCUUUUGUAUGGAGGUGGUUUUCACUGCUAAUGUCUUACACAAUUUGACAGAAAUAGUUAAUAAUAAAGGGGGGAAAGCUUGAAAUCUAGCUUUUAACUGAAACAAAAUUCACUCUGAUGCUAUUCGUGGUCGGACAAGUUGGACAAGACCCCAAAGACACUCGAAAAUUCUCAUGCAAUCGAAUCACCCGUAAGUGGAAUUAUAUCCGGGACCAUAAAAAAGGGUUCACUUAGUAGACGUGUCUCUUAUGAGAUGUUAAAAAGGUAAUUUUUGUACGUGGCUGGGACCAUGAAUAAGUAAACGCCCACGGGAGCCCGGAGUUCAGCGGAGGUUCAACUAUGUUACAAAUAAAGGAUGGCCAAUACAUCCUUGAUUUUCGGGGGUAGGGUGGAGGAUGGCAAAGCUAUUCUUGAUCAGAAAAACGUUAGACCUUUCCCGCAUUCCACUUCAGUGCGUACGAACAAUAGUACCAGAGCUAGGUUGGGGUGCACAUUUUCAUAAAUUUGCUGUAUUUUUGUCCACCCUGGCCUCGACUUGGCGCCAUUGUUUGUUGGAAUGCGGGAAAGGUUCUAUUCUUGCCCAAAUAUAACAUAAAUGCCCACUCCCCCUUCGCGCGAAGAUAAAGUACAGUAUUCCAAUCCUAACUGUAAACGUUCCCCUCGCUGAAUUUGAUUUCCCAUCACGAUUUUCUUUGUUCUAAUCAAUUUAAUCAUUUAUUAUUAUAAAGAGAGAUUGAAUCGUAAUCACUUGGGACAGAAACUAAAGGAGCUACGUCAGGGAUAGUCACGCAAGAGACGCAUUGCGUGACUUCGUCAAGUAAACGUUGCUCAAACUUUUUUAAGUUCGUUUUUUCGCGAUCCAUCUCAAUCUCCCUCAGUCAUAGCCAUGUUCCUUUUAAGUCUAUUGUCACCUCUUUAGUGAUAUACUGCUCUUUUUGGAGUUUCCUUUAGAAUUAAGGAUAGGUUUGUACAUGGUAAAAUUGGUGAUAUUUAUCCUAACAUUGCUGCUGUAAGCAAUACCUUUCACACCGACUGAGCUUGUUUAGCUAAUGAAAUGGUAAAAAUUUAAUGCCAGAAACUACGUGUAAGUCUUAAUUUUGCAAGGUGUUAAUGGAGCUUCCAUGUUCAGCUUCAAUGCAGAGCGUAGAAUUAAUAAGCUGUUUACUCUUGUGAAAUGGGGUAAUUCUGAUGGUUUCACUUCAGAAAUGUAAGUAACAAUUGUUCGUUCAAUUCUGUUUUCUGUUCAAAUCGUAUUAGUAGUUGGGGAACGAAAUAGAUAGCCGACUACCAAUGAGUGGCAACCUAAACGACCACCUAUUAAACGGACACCCCUGUUUGGUGGCCAGUAAACAAAGUCCCGAUGAGGGCUUUUCAUUUGACCCUUUGCAUAAAUGGUACCUAAAUAUAAAUAGCAAUACUUAUACAUCCUUAGCGUCGCAUUCAUGUUUCUAAACAAAGCGUUUUCACAUGAAUGUGAGGCUAAGGUGUAUAAAUAUGGGUUAUUCAAAUUUAACCGCCGUUUGUACUCCAUUUCCCCGAGGGUGACCGUUAAACAGGGGUUGAAGUGUAUUUCUCGCGUGAACUCUUGCGUGUCAACCAGACACUCCGCGCAGUUAGAAUGAUCAGCAACCUCUUUCACCACCAUAUCCAUCUUCUAAUUUCAUGGCAAUUAAAACUGUCCAAUUUUAAGGGUCUUAAUAAAAUGAAGGAGUUGUUUUAA